GUACGAAGGAGUUGAAGCCAAGAGAAUCUUCAAAAAGGAGUAAAUACUUUACCCAGAAAAGCACUGGAAUCAAAAUCCUAUUUAAAAAAAAGUCAAUUUUUCUACAUAUACUUUUUUUUUUUUAAUCUCCUCGCAGCACCUCCUAAGUUGUGAUUAUUUAGCCCUAAUGAAAACACAAGUUUACAUUUAGUGCUUUACCUUGAAUUAAAAAAAAAAAAAAAUCCAGUUAAAAUUUGAAGCAAAGACUAAAAAUGUUACUUGUAGGAAGUCUUACCCGAGUAACAUACUGUAAAAGGCUGCCAAAACUAUUUUCUAUAAUCAGAACCUCAAUAUUUUUUGCACUGGUUCUUGAAUGGCAACUUAGCUUCCUUACCAUGAUAUUUGUAGUGACAAACAGUUUCUCUGUGUAUGGAGUAUUGUGUAAUAGAGAUGGUAAAGCUUAAGAGAACCCUGAGAACAAGCAAGUCUCAAAAACUGUUAGAUGUAAAUAGAAAUAUACAAUAAAUAAAAAGAUAUGCUCUGAUAAUACAGCUCACUUUGAUAUUUUAAAUGAUAUCUCUGAUACCAUGCUGACAUCAACAGGAGCAGUAUCAAGCACUUACUGACAAGAGACAGAUAACCCACACAGUCAUUUUAUAAGUUUGGUUUAAAAAGUAUGGCAAUGCUUUAAAAACAUACAGGCUUUGAGCUGCCCCGGUUUAUUGAGGGUCAAAAUCAUUCUGUCAAGAAGAGCACCAGCAGCUCUGAGUGAUUUUCUUUCAGGGCAUGAAAGAAAAUAUUCAAGGAGUCUUAACUAGAUAAAGAACGAUUUCAGAUAAAGCUGACUCUACAUGCUGUGCGUCUGAUGGGUAACAAACAGGCAUCACGUUCUGCUCAUGCUGCUUAUUCUGCAGCUGCUAAGUUCAACCCAGCCUCAACCCCCGGAGCGUUAAUUCCUAGUGCCCUUGGAGGCACAAAACUUGAUGAGCACUCUGCCCUGUGCUUAUUUGCAUUUCUUAACGGGCACAGUUACGUUACACUUGGAUUUAAACGGCUUUUUUUUUUUUUUUUAAGUACUUCGUUAAGUUUAUCCCGCUCUCCAUGACUGUCUUUUCGCUGGGAGUAAAAGAGCUAAAACAAAACCUUCCAUCCUUCAGUUUUCUAUAGCUGAAGGCUCCCCGGCUUACGCUGCUGUGGCGUUCAGGGUCUCAGGGCUCCCUCUGCUGGCACCACGCUCUCACGGCGCCAACAGCAUUCUACUCGGGACUACGACGCAACUCAUUUCCUUAUAAACUGGGAUCUCCCCCGCUUUGCCAGAUAUCGAUUGUAAUAGAUAGUCUGCUCACCCGUCUACACAGCGAAACCGCCUCGCAAUGCUGAUGGAGCUGGCGGGUCUCAGCGUAGUGCCAGCAGUGCAGCUCUGCGCCUUGGGAGCUCCUCACGCAGCAUAAACCACCCACACAAAUUUCUGCGUGCUUGGGGAGCACGGCUAGCUUUCGAGGCUAAGUGCGUAUCUCAUAACAGCUUCCAGUUCUCCCACCUAUCACACCGGCAUUUCCAAGUUGAUCCUUUAGCUUUCUCCAGGAAGCCACAACAAGAACUUGUUUAUGCUUCCACACAAGUCCUGGCGUGGUUUAAGAAGCAAGGGCAACGUAACGGGCAGGGGCUGACCUCUGUUUUCCACACACCUGACCUCACCUGGCCAGGCACGCCGAGGGCCGGCAGGGAGAAGCGACCAGCAGAGCCCACGGAGCGGUGCAGGAAUGCUACCGGCUCCGACUCUGCCUCCCAGAGCGUUACUUUUCUCAACAGCAGCAGCAGAAGCGGGACUUCCCUCUUCAUGUAUCUUUACCACACUGACUCGGGGUCCCCGCCGGCUCCUCAGCAGCAGGGCUACCUGAUGGAUGCGGGCAAUGCCCCUCACGACAGAAAAGCCGUGACGGCUACCGUAGCCCGGCCGCCGCGCACGGCAGGGAACAUUCACAGCGAACGCCUGAGCGAACUGAACCCACAACGUGACACACCAACCCGUCAGCAGCGGGGCGGGCAGCGCGUCACGCGUAAAGGGCGGUGCCCACGCGAGGGCGUGGAGGCGGUACGUGCGCUCCUCUCCCAUUGGCUGCUCACCCGGAAGCGCAGCGAGCGCCUGCGCGCAGUGCACCGCGCCCCGCCUCUCGCAGCGGCUGCUCCGUGGCGAGGCGAUGGAGGCGGCCGUGCGGCGGCGGCGGCCGCGGCCGGAAGAGCGAAGCGCGGCGGAUGGAGAGCGGCCGCCGGCCCUGUCGGGGCAGUCCUAUUGGUUGGACCUGUGGCUCUUUGUCCUCUUCGAUGUGGCGCUCUUCGUAUUUAUCUACCUGCUGCCCUGAUGGGCCUGGCCCAGCCCGAGUCUGCAGGCUGCUGCUGCCACACGGGACGAUCCACAGCGGCACAGAGGUUUCAGGUUGAUGAGCCGUGAAGCGGAUACCGAGAUUGACAGACGAAGACCGAGCCACGUGAAUCACUGGAUUCACUGGAGAAUCACUGGAUGCACCUUAUGAACAUAAGCAGGACCGUUUGAAGGAGGAGCAUUUGCACAGCAUAGACAACAAUGGAGAACGAGACUUCCCAUUGAUGGAAAGGCAAGAGGCCCCCUGAGCUGGAGAGAUGGGUGCAUGCUGUAUUGCUGUACAUCCUGGGAUGUAUUAUGAGUAUUGUCUUUAGGAGUGUGUCUGUAUCCUGUCUUUCCAUGUUCUAAAUUGUGCCUUUCAGGUCAGGAGACAGCUUGACUGUGCUUUUUGUUGAGUAUAAAUGAAAAUAUGCACUGUUUGAAUAAAAUCCAGCAGUUAGAGACUGAAA